GCGUGCCAAUUCCUUCAUGGACUUUGUGCCAAGACUCGCCAUCAACAAAACCUUUCCCCACUCCCUUCAUCCGUAUUUACCCUACACCCCCAUCCUGCUACAUAAAUUCCUUUAACCUGCGUAUCCUCUUGUCACCAACCCUCACAAACACCUCUCUCUCUCUCAGUUUCUGGGUAUCAGGUCUUGGACUUGCUUUCAUCUGAAGCUUUUGUUUGCAACUGACGUGGAAGGGAUAGUCAUCAGUGUAUAAUACAGUUAUGACCUGGUUCUCUUGCUUUGGUAGGAGGGCCAGUUCACCAGCUGGUGAAACUGAUAAAGUUGAUGAAGAGGUUUCUGGUAUACACAAUGUUCGGCUUUACACGUACAAAGAAUUAAAGAAUGCUACUGACGAUUUUAGUCCAGCCAAUAAAAUUGGGGAGGGUGGUUUUGGUUCUGUCUAUAAGGGAAGGCUUAAAGAUGGAACAAUUGCUGCUAUAAAGGUUCUUGCAGCUGAAUCUAAACAAGGGGUGCGGGAGUUCCUGACAGAGAUUAAUGUAAUCUCAAAUAUAGAGCAUGAAUACUUAGUUAAGCUUUAUGGCUGUUGUGUGGAAGCAAAUCAUAGAAUUUUGGUCUACAACUUCCUCGAGAAUAAUAGCCUAGCACAAACUCUUCUUGGUGGAGGGUACAGUGGCAUGCAGUUUAGUUGGCGAACACGAUAUAGAAUUUGUAUUGGGGUUGCACGUGGGCUUGCCUUUCUUCAUGAGGAAGUGCGACCAUAUGUUGUUCACAGGGAUAUCAAAGCAAGUAAUAUCCUCCUUGAUGGAAAUCUAAAUCCCAAGAUUGCAGAUUUUGGUCUUGCAAAGCUUAUCCCGUCCAACAUGACUCAUGUUAGCACACGCGUGGCAGGAACAAUAGGUUAUUUGGCACCGGAGUAUGCUAUAAGAGGGCAGUUGACACGGAAAGCUGAUAUUUACAGUUUUGGUGUUCUCCUUGUGGAAAUAGUCUGUGGGAGAUGCAACACAAAUACACGAUUACCUGUUGGAGAACAAUAUCUUCUUGAAAGGACCUGGGACCUUUAUGAGCGAAAGGAGCUGGUAGGGCUGGUAGAUGAGUCAUUGAAUGGGGAUUUUGAUGCAGAGGAAGCCUGUAGAUUCCUAAAGAUUGGUCUUCUCUGUACCCAGGACACUCCAAAGCUCCGGCCAUCCAUGUCAAGUGUAGUGAAGAUGCUAAUUGGUGACAUGGAUGUUGAUUCCAGAGCGAUUACGAAGCCUGGCCUAAUCUCUGAUUUCAUGGACCUCAAAAUCAGAAGUGAACCCAAACCUGUCCCUGAUGCGAAGAUCGUAUCUGAUAAUUUAUCAUCUGGCUCGGAUAACCAAGACAAUUCAACUAUGUCAUCAGGAAUCACCUUCACUGCAGUAUACGACCGGAGCAUUUGAACAUUCAUCGAUUCUAUUUAGUUCAUUCUAUUUUUGACUUUUGAGGCUUCUUAUUUUUGUAAAGAUUGUAGUCAUGUUCUCCUCUUUUUCCAUUUUUAUUUUUUCUCUUCUUGAUAGAAUUUCCCACUAGAUGUCACGGGCAAAGUACUCUUCUGUAAAUGGAUAAGGUUUGGUAAAUGAAUGCAGAUUAUGGCCUACAAGAUUAGGCAGUUUUAUUUGGUUCA